AUGCCGUUCAUUCAAGCCAACACUCACCGGCUUCACUAUACCGAUUCUCACCCCACCGGGCCACCAGACGCAAAUGGCCUGACCUUUAUUUUCAUUCAUGGUCUUGGAUCCUCUGAAAACUACUACUUCGCUGUUCUACCUCACUUGACCUCAAAGCAUCGUUGUAUCACAAUCGACACAUAUGGUUCUGCUCGCUCAACAUAUACCAAUGACACCAUUUCAAUCCCUGGAAUUGCAGCAGAUGCUAUUGGUGUCCUAGAUGCCUUGAAUAUUCCCAAAGCCGUCGUUGUUGGCCACUCAAUGGGUGGAUUAACUGUCACCGAGAUAGGAUCGGGGUAUCCGGAUCGGGUGGUGGGAAUUGUGGCAAUUGGACCGACACACCCGUCUGAGAUGUUAGGAUCAGUUAUGGGCAAGAGAGCCGAAACAGUCUUGGAAGCUGGCAUGGCACCCAUGGCUGAAUCUAUUCCAUCCGCUGCCGUCGGAUCCGGCAGCACCCCACUCCACAAGGCCUUUAUCCGAGAGCUGCUUCUCGGUCAGGAUCCUAAGGGCUACGCUGCUCUUUGCCGCGCCCUUUCAACCGCUCAGCCGGCAAACUAUGCGGCCGUUCAGGCGCCAUUCUUACUUCUUGCUGGUGAGGAGGAUAAGUCCGCGCCCAUGGCGGGUUGUCAGCAUAUCUUUGAGCAUGUCUCGAGUAAGAGUAAGUCCCUUGAGGUGCUGAAGGGAGUUGGUCAUUGGCAUUGUAUUGAAGCCCCUGACGAGGUUGGAUCACUUAUUGCAAAAUUCGCGGAUGACAUUUCUGCUUGA